AUGGCUGGCAUGGGCUCCACUGUAGUGGCCCGCAGGGUGAUGCUGGGCUUGCUGCUGGCCUCUCUGGCUGGCUCUUCCUCACUGAACGGCGAGUGCCCGCAGCUUUGUGUCUGUGAGAUCCGUCCCUGGUUUACCCCCCAGUCGACCUACCGAGAAGCCACCACGGUUGACUGCAAUGACCUCCGCUUAACCAGAAUCCCCAGCAACCUCUCCACGGACACGCAGGUGCUGCUCCUGCAGAGCAACAACAUCGCAAAAACGGUGGAUGAGCUGCAGCAGCUCUUCAAUCUGACCGAACUGGACUUCUCCCAGAACAACUUCACCAACAUCAAGGAGGUGGGGCUGGCCAACCUGACCCAGCUCACCACUCUGCACCUGGAGGAGAAUCAGAUCGCCGAGAUGACGGAUUACUGCCUGCAGGACCUUGCCAACCUCCAGGAGCUCUACAUCAACCACAAUCAGAUCAGCACCAUUUCUGCUAACGCCUUCUCAGGCUUGAGAAAUCUCCUGAGGCUCCACCUGAACUCCAACAAACUCAAAGUCAUCGACAGCCGCUGGUUUGACUCGACACCAAACCUGGAGAUCCUCAUGAUUGGCGAAAACCCUGUGAUCGGCAUCCUGGACAUGAACUUCAAACCCCUCUCGAAUCUGAGGAGUUUAGUCCUGGCGGGGAUGUUUCUCACCGACAUCCCCGGCAAUGCCUUGGUGGGCUUAGACAGCCUGGAGAGCCUGUCUUUUUAUGACAACAAACUCAUCAAAGUCCCCCAGCUUGCCCUGCAGAAAGUUCCAAACCUGAAAUUCUUAGACCUCAACAAAAACCCCAUUCACAAAAUCCAAGAAGGGGACUUCAGGAACAUGCUGCGGCUGAAGGAGCUGGGCAUCAACAACAUGGGGGAGCUGGUGUCCGUGGACCGUUACGCCCUGGACAACCUGCCGGAGCUCACCAAGCUGGAGGCCACCAACAACCCCAAGCUCUCCUACAUCCACCGCUCGGCGUUCCGAAGCGUUCCUGCCCUGGAAAGCCUGAUGCUCAACAACAAUGCGCUGAACGCCGUUUACCAAAAGACGGUGGAGUCUCUCCCCAACCUGCGAGAGCUGAGCAUCCACAGCAACCCCCUGAGAUGUGACUGUGUCACUCACUGGAUCAACUCCAACAAGACCAACAUCCGCUUCAUGGAGCCCCUGUCCAUGUUCUGUGCCAUGCCCCCCGAAUACAGAGGGCAGCAGGUGAAGGAGGUCUUAAUCCAAGACGCGGGGGACCAGUGCCUGCCCAUGAUCGCUCACGACUCGUUCCCCAACCACUUAAACAUGGAUAUCGGCACCACGGUCUUCCUCGACUGCCGGGCCAUGGCUGAGCCAGAGCCUGAGAUUUACUGGGUCACUCCUGUAGGAAGUAAGAUAACUGUGGAAACGCUUUCGGAUAAAUACAGGCUGAGCAGCGAAGGCACGUUGGAAAUAGCUAACAUACAGAUUGAAGACUCGGGGAGAUACACGUGUGUUGCCCAGAACAUCCAAGGGGCAGACACUAGAGUGGCGACGAUUAAGGUUAACGGGACCCUGCUGGAUGGCACCCAGGUGCUGAAAAUCUACGUCAAGCAGACGGAAUCUCACUCCAUUUUAGUGUCCUGGAAAGUUAAUUCCAAUGUCAUGACGUCCAACUUGAAAUGGUCCUCUGCCACCAUGAAGAUCGACAACCCCCACAUAACGUACACGGCCAGGGUCCCAGUGGACGUCCACGAGUACAACCUGACGCACCUGCAGCCUUCCACAGACUACGAAGUGUGUCUCACGGUGUCCAACAUCCACCAGCAGACUCAGAAGUCGUGUGUGAACGUCACGACCAAAACUGCCGCCUUCGCGCUGGACAUCUCCGAUCAAGACGCCAGUACAGCCCUCGCCGCGGUGAUGGGGUCCAUGUUUGCCGUCAUCAGCCUCACGUCCAUCGCUGUGUACAUUGCCAAGCGGUUCAAGAGGAAAAACUACCACCACUCAUUAAAAAAGUACAUGCAGAAGACUUCCUCUAUCCCACUCAACGAACUGUACCCACCGCUCAUUAACCUCUGGGAGGGAGACAGCGAGAAGGACAAGGAGGGCUCUGCAGAGCCCAAGCCUGUGCAGGUGGACACGUCCAGGAGCUACUACAUGUGGUGACCCCCACCCCAACCGGGCAUUCUGCUUCUGGUAGGAAGGAGCACAAAGACAUUUUUGCUUUAUUAUGCAAAAGUAACAAGUUGAAGACUUUUGUAUUUUUGACUCUGCUAGUUCGUGGCAGAGUGGAGAGGACGGGUGGAUGUUUUGGAAUUUUAUUAUUAUUAUUAUUAAUAUUACGAUGAUGAUGAUUAUAGAGCAUUGCAAGGGUUUGGCACAGCCAGCAGCAGCUCCAGGCUUCCAUGCUGUGGUUCAUUUUAUUCCUCUCAUUGUUGUGAUUCUAUUAUGACGAUGAUUACUUUAGGUAUCACUGCAAUGCUCCAGAACUCCAGUCAGUGCCAGGCCGGGCUGCCCUGAGCUUUCGCCAGUAGCACAGCCCUUCUUCUGAAGCCAUCCCAGAAUGCACCACGGCCUCCACAGAGCUGCCCUGCAGAUGGGACUGUGGACUUGAACCUCAAGAGGCUAAGUGUAGGCGUGUCAACUUCCUUGAAUGUUAGUCGACUGUACUGUAAUGUUGUAUCAACUGAACUGAAUUUUUGCCUUUGAGUAUGAUUUCUCUCUCUCUCUUUAAUAGUUAAUGAGGCUUAGAAUAAGCUAUCAGGCAAUAGAAAUAUGUAAGCCAGAGGUUUGUUUUUUUUUUUAAUGUAACACACUACAUGUUAAUUGUUACCGUUACCUUAUUCUUUUUAUCUUUAGUAGACACUUUUAAAGGAAAAGACAAUAAUUUUGUUGUGUUUCACUCACCAACAUGUGGUGUGUAAUGAAGACAGAACUAUAAUAAAUUAGUUUUGUUCUGAUUUUUUAGAACAGUUGCAAUAAUGUAUUAUUUAUAGUUCUUGCUAGUUGAAGUAGUAACAUUUUUCACACUUAAUGAACACAACCAAAAUAAAUCAGCUACAGCAUGUUGCUUUUUAAAACUAGGCCCUAAUACGUUUUGAACUCAUUUUCUAAAGG